AUGGCGGCAGCCACGGGGACGACGACAUCGACGAUGACGACGGCUUCGGUAGCGUCUGCGGGGACGAAGCGGGAUCAGACGCAGUACCAGUUCUAUGGGCGGGAAAUGAGUGCCGCUGGCUGCGGCGGAGAGGGCUGCGUUUCCCGUAACCCAUGGCCUGUCCACCAUGUCCGGUACCGGAGCAACCUGUGCCGCCUCUGCACCUCUUGCGUGCUUCGCAGCCAUCCGGGAUCCUUCUGCCCCAAGUGUUUCGACCUGAUCGACGCCUCCUGUGGACGGUCCUCUCAGCAGCAGCAGCCGCCGCUGGCCGUGGUGCACUGCGUGAGCUGCACCUCUGUGUGCCACACCGCGUGCCUCUCGGAGGCCGAGAACGCCGCCAGCUACGUCUGCCCCAGUUGCGCCAACCCCAAUGGCUACUCGUACUUCCCUCUCGACUGCGACAGCGAAGGGGAUGUCUCUGCUUCGCCGAGCAAGAAGAUCCGGACCUCGGAUGCGGACGCCGGAGAGGAGAGCCUGCCGGUGGAUGGACAGGGGAAGCGGAGGAUGGACCUUGAGUCCGCAAAGGUUCUCUUGGCGGCGGCGCGGCUGGCGUCUGCGUCAAUGCACAAGGCGGUUGCCGUUGCCCGAAGUGCGGCGGACAGGAAAGCAAAGGACGCCGUCGUCGCGAGGAAGAAGGCGAAGGAGAUGCUCGAGAAGGUCCUCAUGGCGGGGAAGAGCGAGAGGGAUCAGAGGAGGCCUGAGGAACUCUCUUCAGGGCCGGCGAUGCCGGAAUCUCAGGGUAAGACGUCGGCGAACCUGGACAGGGCCAUGUCCUCCAAGGUAUCCCCGAAGAAUAUGCAGAAUAGGGACAGAGAUCGGUGGAUGGGGCUACAAGAUCCGACUCCCUUGGCGCAGCAGUCACCGGUGCUGGCCAUCACCAUGGGCGAAGCUGGGAAAGCGCCUCUUCCGAGCAAUCCCUCCGCCGCCCCCGACCUGGAGAACAAAGGUAGCCCGAUGAUCCCCGGAAAAAUUGGGAUCGUUCAAGCUUCCAAGGGCAAGUUGACAGUAGACAGCAACAGAGCCGUACGAAAAGUCGCCGCAGAGACUGGGGUGGUCGCUCGAACACCUCCAAGGAAGCAAGGUGAAGCUUCUUGCCCAUCUCCGGCGAUCACCAUUUCUUCAUUAGAAUGCAAUUCGCAGAAGCUAUCCCAUCUAAAUUGGUCAAGGCCGUCAAACUCCCAUUCCGGCUGUUGUAUGCAUGGGUUUUCCUUCUGGUCAUUUGCUUGGUCACUGAAAUGCUCUGUGCUCGUUUCCUACCGAGCUUUAGCUUCUGACCCACCAAUUUAUGGUUCUUAUUUUUCGUUUUUCUUCUUCAAGGCGGUUGUUUACAUUUUAUUCUGUUUGGGUUUUCACAGAUUCAUCGAUCAGCAAGACCAGUCGCAGAGUGGUAUUUACUGGAUUGCCGGACAAGGCAGGCCUUCACUCGUAGGUCUCCCCUGCUUCAUCGUCUUCAUUCUUUCUGGCGUCCCCCUGAUUGUCACCUCUCGGCCAGUGCCCGCGAUCAGUUGGUGGUGAGACUGUGGAGAGGAGCAGUUUGUAUCUACUUCACCUUCUCUCUUCCUCUGAUGUCAUGUCAGAUCUUUUGUAUCUUCUCUAGGAAAGGAGGUCCUCUCCAUUCUCUUGCAGUCUUGCCCAGAGCUUCAAUCUGUUGAUGGGGAUGGCACAACAUCAUGCUAGGGCCUGUCCUGUCCACCGUCUCUGUUUUCAUGUUCUCUGUGGAAGUUGUGGCAUUGAUCCCUGAGGUUGUUCAUGCUCUGAAGAACUCUCGAUUCAUUCUCAUAACAUCAUGGCCUUGCAUAUGUUGGAUAUAAAUGGAUUCUCAUUCACUUGUCCAAAUGACUAGAAUCUUUCUUAAACCAGGAUUUAAGCAUGCAAAUUUACUAUUUGUGGCACAUUAUUUUUGGCUUCAAUUUGGUUCCCUAGAUGCUGUAUACGUCUAGAAAUAGUAAGAGUUACCAGUUUCUGUGUGACAAGUGGCAAGGGGGAUGGAUGGAGGGCACAUUUCCUCAAAAUUGUUUCUUCACAAUGCCCAGAACUCUGCUGUGAUCCUCUUAAGUGAACUGAGAUUUCUAAUGAGCAGUUCAUGUUUUAAAUGGCGCACUUUUUUCAAUUUUUUUUUCUUCUGAGGAUGUGCAGAUUUGAGGUUCAAGAAAGAUUUCGAGUGGAUCUCGAGAGCAGGGGCUCCGAUUUCCAGUGAUUCAGAGGGCCUCGGAGUCAAAUCUGCAGAGAUCUGCCCUACGAGGUACUUUUUGUUCUAUACCUAUGCGUUUGAGAUCUUCUUGAGCGUGGAAAAGAUCUCUGAAGGGAAUCGAAAGGGGGGAAAUCUUCACCAAUUGCCACUUCUUCCUCUCUCUGUGAUGCAUUCAGGGAUCAGGGUCUUGCAGAUUUGAGGUAAAUUCUUUGGUUUUGGGUUGACCAAUUGCUUGGUUCUCGUGGAAACAGUGGCUGGAUUUAGAAUUUUUUUUCGUUUGUUUGCUUGCAUGCAGAUUUGAGGUAAGUUCUUCGGUUUUGGAUUGAUCAGGCUGGAUUUUUUUUUUCUUUCUUUUUCCCUUUAAAUCCCUGGAGCUUUCUUAUGAUCAUCUUCUCUAGGGUUUUCUCUCAACGGGUGUGGCUCAUUCAAAAGAGGCCACAUCUCUGAUCUUCUCAUGUUUCUGGUGCGUGUGGUUCCAACCCGGAAGUCAAAGUCUUUCUUUAUUGCCACGUGCCCAUCCUAUCGACUUCUCUCCCAACUCUCCGGAAGAGGGGGGGUUUCAAUGUGGGUUGCUCUUAAUGGUCCAAGUUUCAACCCUGUUAGGGCCUAUUAACAGCUCUAUUUAAUUCCACUUACCAUGGUUGGCACAAACUAUGGUCGAAUGUGUGCCAUCUGACAUUAUGACUCAUCACAGAAGAAGGAAAUUUUACCUUCCUGGAUAAAAAUGGAAAUCAAAUCCAUUAGAAUACGUUAGGUACCACGUUGUUGACGCUAUUAAACGGGUACCACGUUCACUUUUCAAAUCACUUGCUAUGGUUGACACGACAUUUCGUAUCGACUCAUCACUCAAGAAGUAACUUCAAUCCUCCUUUAAAAGACAAGCAAAUCCAUCAUAGCACCUUGGGUUCUUAGGUGUGGAGGGUUAUAAGAUUAUUAGUAACUAAACGUGAUGCUCAUUUUGUCAACGCAAUUAAAUGGGGUCACACGUUGACUUUAUAUAAUUUGCCCAAGUCAACGGUCGGUUCAAGCUGUAGACUAAAUAAUCGAAUGCUUAGCUUAUUUUCGCGAUCCAAUGAAGAUCUAAGGGUAUCAUAG